AUGAACGGCAUCGACAAUGGUCAGACCUUUGACCCGGCAUUUGACGCCUUCUUCCAGGCACCUUGCUCCUCUUCACCACACCAUCAGCUUCAGCAUCUUGUCUCCGACUUGCCAUCUAUGGCGCACCAUCCCAAUGCUCACGUCGCAGACUCCUCGCUGAGCGCCUAUGGUCAUGACGCAACACCCAUGCGACCCACCUCCAGCUCCUCUGGCAGCAACUUGCAUCUCAACAUCUCGGCUCUCUCGGUCAAAGGUGAAACCGAUCAGCAACACCAGCCACGCUUCGGCAACUCUCUCAACUUUGCCGCCACCAACACCCCUUCGCCUCAAUCGAAUCUCGCAUCUCCAGCUGAUGCAGCAGCCUCAUUUAGCAUGCACGGCGCACAGUCGACCUCACCGCUCUUGCAUCCAGACGGCACAUCCGCCGCCAUUCCCGACGAACAUCUUGGCGCGCCUACUGCCUCUUCACCGCUGCGAACAGAGCACAAUCUUAGCAACGAAACAGGGGGCAUGACCACCGCCAUGCGAUCCUACAGCUCCACCUCGAUCAAGAGUGCCACUGGCUCACAGAAUGCAGAUAGCCCCACUUCCGCUUUCGGCGGCGUCGGCAACCAGAGCAUGGGCGACGUCUCAGUUGAUGAUCCCAACGUAACGAGCCAGUCUGAAGCCGAUCUUGCAGCAGAAAAGCGUCAGAGCAGCAAGUUCGUAUACAAGCUCUUCCGCAUGGUCGGUGAUCCCGACUACCAGCAUCUCAUCAGCUGGAACCCUAACGGCACUAGUGUCAUGGUCUGCAACUUUGACGAUUUUGCCAAAGAAGUCCUCGGCAAGCAUUUUAAGCACAGCAACUUUUCCAGCUUCAUUCGACAGCUCAACAUGUACGGCUUCUACAAAGUCAACAAGACUCCACGCGGACACCGUCAAUCAGUCGAUCCACAGAUAUGGGAGUUUUCGCAUCCCAAGUUUUUGAGAGGAAGGCCCGACUUGCUCGAUGACAUUCGCAGGAAGGCGCUCGAUUCAGAGCACGCCCGUGUCGAAGCGCGCGAUCUUCAAUAUAGUGUCAGCGUUGGUCAGAUGCAGUUGCGACAGCAGCUUGACGAGAUGCAGUUCAGACUCGAGGAACUCGCGGAGCAAAACAUGGCCCUUCGCACGUUCACAACACAGCUCAGAGAUGUUCUGGGACUUGUGUUCGAACAUGUUAAAAAGACGAGCGGUGGCAACCUCGGCUUUGACGUCCGCAUCCCCACACUCGAUCUCCCCUUGCCUAUGCCCCCUCAAGGGCUUUGGACUCCUCAGGGGCACGAUGGUCCGCCUAUCUUUGUUACCGAGCCCGAGUUUGGUGCCGGAGUUGGUCCAGGCGGUCUGCGCAUCGGCCCUGGCCAUGGCUUGGGUCACGGUCCUCAGUCUAUGCACGGUCCUCCGCCCUCGUUUGGUGCAGCUCCUGAUGGAUUUGGCAUGGUAGCAACGCCUCUCUCUCGUCGCGUCUCUUCUAGCUCGGCUCACAGCGAAAGCAUGCUCACCAUGAAUGGUUCCCCGAUGCAUGGCUCAAUGCAGGGUGAAGCCAUGAUGAUGGGACAGCCGCAUGGCUUGCCGCAACGUUCUCCCUCAUUUGGGGAAGGACAGAUGCCAUCACCCCAGUUCAACAUCGGUCGAGGUGGCACUGGAGGUCGACCAGGCCUGGCUAGUCUUGCCAUUGACACUUUAGCAGCAUCGGCGGGCAUGUUUGCACCCGGCGGCAUGUAUCACCGCGCUAGCCCAACUUCGGCAGGUCUCUCUGCGAGCAAUGCCGGACUUGGCGUGUUGAGCAUGCCUCCAUCGCCACUGACACCACAGCAUCAAGCCAUGAUGGCAGCGAUCAACACGCCCUUGCCACCGUCGCCCGCACCUGGAUCCAUGGCAGGCUCACCCUUUAUCGUCAAUAACGGCUUCCCCGCUUUCAACAAUGGUCAUCUAAACAUGGUCGAUCAGAGCUUCUUUGGCCCCGAAGAUGAGGGUCCAAAUGCCAAGGCGAUGCGAACGCCGCUGAAGCGUACUGCAUCCAAUUCACGACCGAGUGUACAUGGCACACCAGUGCUCAUGCAGACCGCAACGUCGCCAGGGCUUGCCAAGCGCAAGUCGCCAGUGUAG